UCCUUUCUCUUCUCACACCACCAGGAGAAGCUACCAAACAUAGAGACAAGGCGGCGAGAUGGAGAGCGGUGGAAGCAAGGAGGAGGUGCCGGCGGCGGCCAAGGCGCAGAGUUUCGGCGUGUCCGUGCAGGAGUGGUUUCAGCACGUGAAGGCUAGCGUGGUGGGCGUGGUGCGGAAGGCGACGGCGAGGAGCGAGCAGGAGGCGGCGGAGGCGGACAUGCGGGUGGCCAAGGAGCAGGUGGAGGCCACCGACGAGGCCGAGGCCAAGAAGAAACAGCUCGGCGCCUGAUCUCACAUGUUGUGAUGAUGGCUUGCAGAGAAGCUGCUCCAUCCAUCGAGCCUUUGUAAAAUAUGUGUGCGUGGUGGUAGAUUCUGGGCUUUUCUUCGAUCCUCCCUGUGGUGUUUGUGAUGUAAUCUAGCUGCAACUUUAUUAGGAAGUGAAACUGCACCCUUCGACAGGUAUUCUAAUGUGUGUUACAGUACAUGACUAAA